CUAAGAAGCCGGAUUCACCUUAGCCGAACGCCUCUCAAUCAGCUGGUCAGAGUUUGUUGACAUAUGUGUUGACGUGGAAAGCAACUUUGAAUGUCUCCAAAGGUAACAGUGAGAAGGCACCUAGAACCAGUGACAGAAUGUUCACCCUUUUUUAUGGAUUGUAUAAAUACCUCUUCAAGAAAGAUGAGUUCUUUGUCCUAAUUCUUGGACUAGAUAAUGCUGGCAAAACGACAUACUUGGAGGCAGCAAAAACAAAAUUCACCAGAGGGUACAAAGGACUAAACCCAAGUAAGAUAACAACGACAGUGGGGCAAAAUGUCGGGGGAAUAACAUAUGCAGGAAUCAAACUCAGCUUCUGGGAUCUUGGCGGACAGGAAGAGUUGCAGCCAUUAUGGGAGAAGUAUUAUGCAGAAUGCCAUGCUGUUAUUUACAUGGUGGAUUCAGCUGAUCGAGAGAGAAUGGAUGAAUCCAAAGCAGCAUUUGACAAAAUGAUCUCGAGUGAGAACAUGUCAGGCGUUCCCCUUCUUGUCCUGGCCAACAAACAAGACAUUCCUGAGUGCAUGGGAGUACGAGAAGUAAAGCCAAUCUUCAACCAGUCUGCUGACCUUAUUGGUCGCAGAGACUGUAUGGUGAUGCCUGUGUCUGCCUUAACAGGAGCUGGAGUGGAUGAAGGGAUUGACUGGCUGGUUGAGUGUAUCAAGCGAAACAGUGACGUCAGACCGCCUCCCAAUCAUGAUGACACGUGAUGGCACAACUUGACAGGAAGUGUGUGGUUGUCUCGCGCAUGGCUUGGACUGUUUUGUAUGUUCUGAAGUUCACGAAUACACUUUCAAUAUUUUAGAAGUGCUUUACAGUAGGUCUGUUAAGCAAAAUGAGCUUAUUUUUCAGAAAUUAGAAUUCUGACAAGAGGAUUAAUGUGAAAAAAAAUUGUAAUUUAUUGGGAGAACUGAAGAGUGGGGGGUUGUUUACCCAUGUUAAAUACCUUAUUUUUUAGAUAUGAGUGUAGAAAUUUGGUGAAUUGUGCAUUUUCUUUUCUGUCUUCUGUUUUUUUGUAAUAUUUGACGACAAAAAACCCUGCUUUUUUUAUAAUUAUUUAUAAAGUAGGAUUAAUCUUGGCCUGAGACUAUGAUGUCUUGUGAUUGUCAAGUACAAUAUGGUACAAGCUCUCCUUGUAUAUACAGUGUAAAAAAUUUAAUAGGAAUACCCAUAAUGUAGUUUAUUACUAUUGUUACUUGUGAUGUUUUUGGGGCGCAGUUAUCAUAGGGAAGUAGUCAUUUAAAUCUCAUAACGAGUCAUGAAAACUGCAAUACUUGGUUAGAUAACUAUAUUAAUUUAUAUAAUGAAAGUAUAUAGGAAAAAAUAUUAAUGUUAUUUUUAUGGUUGUACAUUCCUUUUAUCUAUAAACUUGUGGAUGUAGGAUAUGCAUUUUUUCAUAACUGAUAUGCCUCUGAACUUGAACAAUAUCUUAUAUUAGUAAAUGAAAGUGAAUACUACUUUGUGAUAUGAACACUGGAACUGUUCCACUCUUUCUAGUGUUAACUAGACCUUAUGUUACUUACAUAUUCUUGGUUUAAACUGAAGAGGCGUAAAUUUUAUUUGAUGAUUUAGAGCAAAAUGAUUCAGAGGCAUGUGAAUGAGGGACGUGGGGAUUCAUUGCUUAAACAGUAUGACAUCAGUAUCCAUAUUAAACAAUUAAUAGAUAUUCAACAGAGUGUACACUGGAUACAUAUUGUUUAGAAACUGUAUUCAUUAUAUACAAUAAAGAUCCUGUUGUUUGGCUU